AUGAAGGGGCAAUCUUCUCCGUGGACAGCUCGAUUAUUUCGGUCAAGAUUACUUAUUGCAGGUGUUAUCUCAGACGCUGGUUCAUUGGAAACCGAAACCGAAUUUGAUGGCUCGCGAGUGAAGCCAAAGGAAGAAGACACAAACGUUAAAGAGUGUAUUGACAUGGAACAGCAACAUUGGUUGUUAUGUAUUCUGUUUUUUAGUCGACCCCGGCGAACUUUAUUGAAAUGUUUUGCAGUGUUAUGCUCAAUUGCUUUGCUUCAUCUUCUGAUUCCAACUCACGAAGACAUAACCCCUAAACAAAGUGAAACAUUAGAAUUAUCGAGGAUACAAAUGGAUGUAAUACACAAUGUUGAUGAGAUCGAGACUAUUUCGAUGAUUUCCUCUCCAAUUGUAGAAUAUCCCCAAGCAAUGAGAGUUCUGAAAACAAUAAACACUGAGAGGAAACAGGUGGAACCUCCUAAUGUAGGAUAUUAUCAGAAGUUGAAACCACCACAGCCGAAAAAGUUGAAUUAUCCGAAAUCUCUAAUAUAUAUCAACAGAACGGCUAUUAUUGAAGACGGUAUAUACUGGGCUGAAGAGUUGGAGAGAAAGGUUCCAGUCGGUCUCGAUGACGGCGAAAUGAACAUCAAAUUAAAACAACUCAGGGAUUUAAAAAUUGAAUACAUGUCGUGGCCUGAAGUACAUUCAUGUGGUCGCGGAAACAGCGCCCAACUGCGCAUGUCUGAUGGAUCGAAGCUUUGCGCUCGAUAUGGUAAUGUGUGUCUUGUUCUAGGUGAACUUCUGUCAUUCUAUUUAUCACGUUAUCUCGGAAUGGAUAACGUGCCGCUAGUAAUCUUAUCAAGACCCGAUCCUGAGACAGAAAUGUGGUCAGCCCCUGAAAUAAGACGACGUCUACGUGGACGAAGAUGGAAAUCAGACAGACUAGUUGCACUUAUAGAAUGGAAACCUUACUUAAACAAAAGUAUCACUUUACCAAAGGUUUUUCUGAAAGGAUCAAAAUUACUUUAUGCACAUCAUCCCCUGAUCUAUGGUAUGUCUGACAUCGACUUACUUCAUUUGCUGCAAUGGACAGAUGUUAUUUUAUUUGACUAUCUCACGGCACAUCUCGACAGACUGAUAUCUAUAUAUAAAGGCAGACGAAAGAUCAGUGGCAAGAUUGGUACAAGAAAUCUUGGUGUCAGUGAAGGUAAAAAAUUCUGGUUGUUGGAUAACCAAACGGGCUUUAUAUGGGCUUAUCAACUUACAAGUCCGUCUUACCGAGACAGUGACCUCCUUCUGAGACACCAAGAGGAGAUUCUCAAUUCCACCUGCGUGUUCAGAAGAUCGACCGUAAAUAAAAUAACCGAACUAUAUUAUAGCACGAAACCCUUUGCUCACAUCAGACGAGCUGUUCAUUUUCAUGAGCCUUUAGCGGAAUUAAAUAACAGCCAAGCGAUUCCGGACUGCGAUGAUAACGCUCUUGAAAUUGAUGAAAUAUUCCACGAGCGGAUAAAUAGAGCUUAUAAAAGAAUACAACAGUGUAAAGAAAUGUAUGGUCACCGAUGA